AUGGCCAUUGAGAACUGCACCGUGUUUACAGACUUCAUACUCCUAGGACUCUCUGGCAGGCGGGAUGUGCAGCAGGGGCUCUUUGUGCUCUUCCUGCUGGUUUAUGGCAUCACUGUGAUUGCCAACCUGGGGAUGAUCCUGCUGAUCAGCAUGGACCCCCAGCUCCACACACCCAUGUAUUAUUUCCUGAGCAAUCUGUCUUUCUGUGAUGUCUGCUACUCUUCCACUAUCUCUCCAAAGAUGCUGGCUGAUUUCUUAGCUGAGCAAAAAAGGAUUCCAUAUAGUUUGUGUGCCAUUCAGUUAUAUUUUUUUGGUGCCUUUGCAGAUGUUGAAUGUCUCAUGCUGUCUGUGAUGGCAUAUGACCGUUAUGUAGCCAUUUGUAAUCCACUUCUCUAUACAACAGCCAUGUCCAAGAGCAUCUGUACCCAGCUCGUGACUAUUGCCUACAUUGCAGGCUUGGUGGAUUCAGCAAUCCAUACCUGCUGCACAUUUCGAUUGUCAUUCUGCAAUUCCAAUAUCAUCAAUCACUUUUUCUGUGAUGUGCCACCCUUGCUUGCCCUCUCCACCUCAGACAUAACCAUCAAUGAGAUAGUGAUGUUCACUUUCAUUGGCUGUGUUGUGGGCUCCAGCAUCAUCACUGUCCUCCUCUCCUACAGCUACAUCAUAACUACCAUUCUUCACAUGAAGUCAGCCGCAGGCAGACACAAAGCCUUCUCUACCUGUGCCUCCCAUUUAGCCACUGUGGCUAUAUUUUAUGGGGCACUCCUGUUCAUGUAUUUCCGACCCAACUCAACUUACUCCAUGGACACAGACAAAAUAGCCUCUGUUUUCUACACAGUUGUCAUCCCCAUGUUAAACCCACUGAUCUACAGCUUAAGGAAUAAGGAUGUGAAAGGUGCUCUGAAAAAGGCAAUUGCCACUAAAUUACAUUCUGGGUGA